UUUCAGUCAAACUUUCUGAGGAACCUGAAGAAUAUUCAGAGUUUGUGGAGCGCUAAGUCAUGAUGUCUGAUUCCAGAGUGUCUUCUGUCAUCCAGGAGUGGGCAAGCUCAUACCCGGGUCAGGUCCACACCCAGACCCUGAACCCUACCACUUCCAACCUUGCUGGAUCGACUAACCAGCUGGCUCAGAUGGACAUGAUACCGUACAGCCAAUCUCAGGGCCUGGUGAGGGGGGCCUGUGACGACAGAAUGGCUGAGCAGAUGAUGGGACUAUCUUACCUGCCGUACACGUCUUCCUGUCUCAACAACACCUCGAGCGCAGGGAGCACAAACCACCACCAGAGCCACUCCAACAAUCAGCAGGACUUCUCUUCCUUUCUCCUGCCAACUCUGCGGGCCCCAGUAAACAAGAGGAGCAUCAGCAAGGACAGUGCAGAGUACCGCCUGCGACGCGAGAGGAACAACAUCGCUGUGAGAAAGAGCCGGGACAAGGCCCGCAGGAGGAUCCAGCUGACCCAGCAGAGGGCCCUGCAGCUGCAGGAGGAAAACCAGAAGCUGCAGAUGAGAAUAGGGCAGCUGACACAGGAGCUGGACACUCUCAAACACAUCCUGUCACAGCGCCACCUGCAUGGAAGUGAGGAGGGAGCAGCAGGGGAGUCUGGUAUCUAGACCCUGUACCUGUCAUUAAUGUCUAAUUGAAGGCCUCAGAAGCAUUUCUGGUGUCUAGGCAGGCCUCCGGGACUCAGUCAAAUCAUUUACCAAAUGGCAACAAUUUGUGAAAAAGUCACAUUUAAAAGGAGAGGAGUUUUGAAAAUGAAGCAGUUUGUGAGGAUGUAAUGCCAGAUAUAAAAGGGCUUAGCUAUAGUUUCAUACUGUAUAACUGUGAAGGGAGAAAGCAUGCUGGCACAGCUGUAGCAACCACUGAGGACACUGAGGUCAUGUCCUCCGUCUCUUUUCUUUACAUUUUCAUGGUAAUGCAACCAGGGGGGAGUUUACAUUCUACAAUUGAUGAAUUCCUGUUAAGCUCUCUGUGCUCGCACAGUACAGUUUAUGUUGAUAAAGGUGGCAGAUAACACUCAAAUUUGCUGUAAUUUUUUGAAACAGUGGGUCUUCAGUUUCACACAGAAGUAAAAGAAAGCAGCUUCUCAUUUCCAGCUGACAACUGUGGGCUUCAGUCUGCCGAAAUGACGACUGCCCAUGGCAGAUUUGAUCAGUGGUAGGUAGCUAGUGCAAGCUAAUGCCACAGGGAAAACCCCAUUAAGUUGCAGUUGACCUUUUAAUGUUUCCAGCUGACUCUCUUUCAAACAAAUGGAUGUCCCAGUCCUCAACAGAUAUUUUUCUGAUUUAACCCCAUGCUCCAAAGUUUCCCAGAGUGUUGGUAGUAAGCCAGUCAGCUAAACAUGCUGACAGACAUGCAGCUGAAGCUCUUGGUUUUGUACAGGCCAAAAAUAGACAAAACCAAACUCUUAAGAUAAUUAAUACUUCAGAUAAAGGAUCGCUUUUUGCCCCAUAUGCUCACAUCCAAAGCUUGACAGGCCUUUCAUGCCUACUUAUUAUGGUUGCUAAGCUAAAUCUGACUGUCCGUUCUGGUGGCAGGCAUUUAGCAAAUGGUCAGUUAAAUUCUUGGCAACGUGGAUUAGGCUUUAAAACAACAUAUCACAGCGAGAAAUUCAAUUUACAGGCAUUCUACAGCAAAUGAUAACUGAUGUAGUCGCUAGUUUGCUAUCUGGUCGCAAUUUUCUGUCACUCAUGACCUAAGUAUUUCUGAACUUGUGUGUCUAGGGCCCUGCACACUGGAGCUUUGAAGAGAUUAAUAAAGCACCUGAACUUUUUGAAAAAGGGGCUUGGAGUCUCAAUAUAAAGUAGGAAGAUGUGUGGUGGGUUUGAAUGUAGAAGCCAUUGCAUAUUCUAAACUGCAAGUGAACAGAUUGGAGAGUGCAGGGAAACUUUUAUUGAGUCUGUGCAGAUUGUAAAACAGAAUUUGUGAGAUGGGGGUAAGGAUUUUAAGGAGAUGUUGAUGUGCAGUACUGUAGAUCUAAAAAUCUGAAAGAUUGCACAAAUGGGCCCAGAAACAAGAAGUGCGGAAGGUUCAAUUUAGCCAAUUCCAAAUGAACUUUCCUAAAAGUUCCUAAAGCAUGCAUAUAAUCCUCACAGACCCUUCAUAAAGAAGACCACUGGAUUUGUAAUAUGAUUUGAUUUAACAAACAUUGCCUAAUCAUCUACCUGCCACUUCUUGUCAUUGUCAGAGAUGAUUGUAAGUGUUGUUGCCCAACAAGGUUACACAAGAACCUGUGGUUUGUAGGGGAUUCAAUGAAAUCGAAGUGUCCCUCUCUGUAUAAUACUCUAUCUUUUGUCACUAAAUAAGUGUGUGGGAUUACU